GCAAUAAAGCAAAGCAGCCUCCUCCACUAUAGCACACAAUACAGUGAAGGAGGCUGACUCCAGUCAAGUAAUCAACAUAAGUGCCGUAAAGGAGGACCCGUUGCUCUGAAAUUAACAGUGGUGUUUGCACCUGGCAGGAAAGCCAGACAAAGCUUCCUCAAGGAAGGUGUAGAUCAUUUAAGAAAGAGCAAGAAGUUGACUGGGGAUAGAGUACAAUAUGCAGGUGAUCUCGGGAAGUCCUGCUGGCCCUCCCUUUCUGGAGGUGUUGUGUGUGUGUGUGCGCGGGGCCGGUCUCAUCUCUCCCACAGGAUAUGACUGGCCAAGAAUCUGGACAGCAGCUUCUACUUGUCCCAAUAGUAGCGCGGCCGGCAGCCAUGGACAAGAUCCUUGAGGCGGUGGUGAUGUCGUCGUACCCGGCAAGCGUGAAACAAGGGCUGGUGCGGCGCGUGUUGGAAGCGGCGCGGCAGCCCCUGGAGCGGGAGCAGUGCCUGGCGCUGCUGGCACUGGGCACGCGCCUCUACGUGAGUGGCGCCGACGAGCUGCCGCGCCGCGUGGGCUGCCAGCUGCUGCACGUAGCGGGCCGCCACCACCCCGAUGUCUUCGCCGAGUUCUUCAGCCAGCUGGUGCGCUGCCUCGGCCGCUUCCGCUGCCCGGCCGAGGGCGAGGAGGGCGCGGUGGAGUUCCUGGAGCAGGCCCAGCAGGUGAGCGGGCUCCUGGCGCAGCUGUGGCGCGCGCAGCCGGCCGCCAUCCUGCCCUGCCUCAAGGAGUUGUUCGCCGUCAUCUCCGGCACAGAGGAGGAGCCACCGUCUAGUGCCCUGGCCAGCGUGGUCCAGCACCUCCCAUUGGAGCUCAUGGAUGGUGUCAUCCGGAACCUCAGCAAUGACGACAGUGUGACGGACUCUCAGAUGCUGACUGCCAUCAGCAGGAUGAUCGACUGGGUGUCCUGGCCCUUGGGGAAGAACAUUGACAAGUGGAUCAUUGCACUGCUGAAGGGCCUGGCUGCAGUUAAGAAGUUCAGCAUCUUGAUUGAGGUUUCACUCGCCAAAAUUGAGAAGGUUUUCUCCAAGCUUCUGUACCCUAUUGUCCGUGGAGCUGCCUUAUCUGUCCUCAAGUACAUGCUCCUGACGUUCCAGCAUUCCCACGAAGCCUUCCACCUGCUCCUCCCUCACAUCCCUCCCAUGGUGGCCUCUCUGCUCAAGGAGGACUCCAACUCAGGGAGCAGCUGCCUGGACCAGCUGGCAGAGCUGGUCCACUGCAUGGUGUUCCGGUUCCCGGGCUUCCCGGACCUGUAUGAGCCCAUCAUGGAGGCCAUCAAGGACCUCCAUGUUCCCAAUGAGGACCGCAUCAAGCAGCUACUGGGGCAGGAUGCCUGGACCUCACAGAAGAGCGAGCUGGCUGGCUUCUAUCCCCGGCUCAUGGCCAAAUCAGACACGGGCAAGAUUGGUUUAAUCAAUCUGGGCAACACAUGCUACGUGAACAGCAUCCUUCAGGCCUUGUUCAUGGCUUCUGAUUUCAGACACUGUGUGCUCCGUUUGACUGAGAACAACUCACAGCCCUUGAUGACCAAGCUACAGUGGCUCUUUGCUUUCCUGGAGCACAGCCAGCGUCCUGCCAUUUCUCCGGAGAAUUUCCUCUCUGCAUCCUGGACACCCUGGUUCAGCCCCGGCACCCAGCAGGACUGCUCCGAGUACCUGAAGUACCUGCUGGAUCGGCUGCACGAAGAGGAGAAGACCGGGACCAGGAUCUGCCAGAAGCUCAAGCAGUCCAGCUCGCCGUCCCCGCCAGAGGAGCCCCCUGCGCCCAGUUUGACCUCGGUGGAGAAGAUGUUCGGAGGCAAGAUCGUGACUCAGAUCCGCUGUCUCCGCUGCCUCAAUGUCUCCUCCAGGGAGGAGGCCUUCACGGACCUCUCUCUUGCCUUUCCGCCGCCUGAGCGCUGUCGCCGCCGCCGCCUGGGCUCCGUCAUGCUCCCUGCAGAGGGCCUGGGAGCCCCGGAGCCCCCGCCGCCCGCAGCCCAGGUCCCGGGCAGGGCGGGUGCUCAGAGGCAGAGGAAACACUGCAUCACGGCCGACGGGCCCCCGACCGUCCUGGGCAUUGAGGGCCCGGGCCCCCAGGGGCCCGCGGGGCAGAGCAGUCCGGAGAAGGCGGAGAAAGAGGGGGACGCCGAGGAGGACGCCGCCCCCGGUGCGGAGGGCUCCCGCUCGGUCCUGGACCUGGUCAACUACUUCCUGUCCCCGGAGAGGCUGACGGCGGAGAACCGCUACCGCUGCGAGCCCUGCGCCUCGCUGCAGGAGGCCGAGAAGGUGGUGGAGCUGCGCCAGGGCCCGCGCUACCUCAUCCUCACCCUGCUGCGCUUCUCCUUCGACCUGCUGCCGCUGGCGGGGGGCCGGGCGCAGGCCUACGACCUGUGCAGCGUCGUGGUGCACUCGGGGGUGUCCUCCGAGAGCGGGCACUACUACUGCUACGCCCGCGAGGGCGCCGCGCGCGCGGCCCCGGGCACGGCCGACAGGCCCGAGCCCGAGCACCAGUGGUACCUGUUCAACGACACUCGCGUGUCCUUCUCCUCCUUCGAGUCUGUCAGCAACGUCACCUCCUUCUUCCCCAAGGACACGGCCUACGUGCUCUUUUACCGGCAGCGGCCUGGGGAGGGACCCGAGGCCGAGCCGAGCUCCCCCAGGGGCCGCGCAGAGCCCGCCCUCCACAAAGACCUGAUGGAAGCCAUCUCCAAAGACAACAUCCUUUUCCUGCAGGAGCAGGAGAAGGAGGCCCGGAGCAGAGCGGCCUACAUCUCCGCGCUCCCCGCAUCUCCACGCUGGGGCCGGGGCUUUGACGAAGACGAAGACGGGGACGGAGGCUCUCCUGGGGGCUGCAGCCCCGCCGGCGGCAGUGGCGGCGACUUCCACAGACUGGUCUUCUGACGGGAACCCUUCCCCGUUCCUACCUGUGGGGGUGCCACAGCCGGCCUCAGGGAGGCCCUGACCCCUUUCUUCAGGGAGCCAGUGGCUGUGAUGUCCGCGUGCCCUGGUUUCCUGGCGUGUCUGGGGAGUAAGGAGGGCACACCCCCUGCUCGCUGACUGUUCAGGCACCGUGCGAGCUGAAAGCACCUACACGGAAGUGCUCUGUAAGCUGAAGGUGAGGACUGGGAGGCUUGAGGCAGGUGCUGGCAGAGGGAAGGGAGAACACACUCAUCAUCCUGAGGAGCAGGGGAGCCCAUUGCCCUUGGAGGGGUGGGUGGGGGCACAGGCGAGGGGCUGCCCAAUGG